AUGGAUUACCCCCAAGAGAGUUUUAUUGCGACUAGAUUUGCACCUGAAUCCUUUUGGGCUCGUCGCCGUGAAGUGGUUCGAGUUCAAACAUUACGGCAUCAGCUUCAAAUGCUCAAAGAGACUGGCCGAUAUGAGGCGUUCAAACUAAAGUGGCAUCCGAGCUACUCGGUCCCUCCUACGGUCUAUCCAAUCCCCAAUCACCAAUUUUGGGACUCCGAUGUGGCGAAGUGGAUUGAAGGCGCUUGCUAUUUGCUCAUGAAUCAAUUCGACGCCGAGAUUGAUGUGGCUGUGAAAGAAUUGGUAGAAAUGAUUCGAGGAGCGCAGAAACAAGAUGGCUAUCUUAAUAUCCAUUACUCUGUGGUCGAACCGGGGAAGCGUUUCACCAAUUUGCGAGAUAUGCAUGAACUUUACAAUGCAGGUCAUCUGAUAGAAGCAGCCCUCGCCCAUCAUCUUCUUUAUAGCAAUGAUGAACUGCUGUCACCCAUUCUCAAGUACGUGGAUCUUCUAGCUGCUACUUUUGGUGCCCACGAGGACCAAAUUCCUGGCUAUCCUGGCCACCCAGAGAUUGAACUGGCUCUCUUGCGCCUUUACAAUGUUUCAGGAAAUCCAGAUCAUCUACGGCUGGCUCAAUUCUUCAUCGAAGAGAGAGGAAAUCCCACGGGUGGGAAAGAAGGGCGCCAUUACUAUGACGUGGAAGCAAAGGCUCGUGGUGAAAGUGAGCAUGACUUGCCCAUGUACUUCCCUGCUGCAAGAAGCUAUUGGUACCAGCAAGCCCAUGCUCCUAUUGUCAAUCAAAAAACAAUCGAAGGUCAUUCUGUGCGUGCCAUGUACCUCCUCACAGCCGUGGCGGAUUUAGUUCGGAUUUGCCAGCCCAGCAGCGAAAUUGGGGCAAAGUUCUUACCAGCCGUCCAUCUACUAUGGUCCAAUAUGGUGGAAAAGAAGUCCUACGUAACGGGAGGCAUUGGGGCCAUAAAGAAGUGGGAAGGAUUUGGAAUUGAUUACUUCCUCCCUCAAGGUACCGAUGAGGGAGGAUGCUAUGCUGAAACCUGCGCUGCGAUAGGAGUUAUGAUGCUUGCUGAGAGACUAUUACAGAUCGAACUUGACAGCCACUAUGCGGAUAUCAUGGAACUCUGUCUUUACAAUGCAGUCCUGACGGGCAUGAGCCUGGAUGGAAAAGCCUUCACUUAUGUGAACCAACUGGCAUCUUCAGAUCAGGAUCUUUCACAGCGCCACGAGUGGUUCGAGUGCGCUUGCUGUCCGCCAAAUGUCACCCGAACGCUAGGCUUCCUCGGUGGAUAUCUCUGGAGUCACACGGGAAAGGGUCAAUGUGCCGUUGUCAAUGUACAUAUGUACUCUUCGGCGACGAUUAAUCUUAAAGUCUCCUCGUCCACUGUGGCAAUCACGCAGAAAACAGAAUGGCCAUGGCAUGGUGAUGUUGACUUUGAUAUCCACACUGAUGGGCCGCCUAUUGAUCUGAAUUUACGACUGCGAAUUCCUGGGUGGGCGACAUCUUGGGAGGUAAAACCUUCCGUGAUCUCAAAUUAUCAAAAGAAGUAUUUAUGGGCUAAUCCGCAUAAAUCAGGUCACUCCCUCUCCGAAGAAGUCAGAUGUCCAGAAUGGAUAUUUGUUCCUAAGCGCCAACUGGCUGCAAGAAAAUUCGCGCUUUCGCCUUUCAUGUCCUAUGAAACCAGAGAUAGUCCGACCAAAUCCUCUAACAUUACAGCCCAUCGCAUAUGUUAG